AUGGCUUCCUCCUCGUCCUCCAAGCCAGGCGCUGCCAAACGCCUGCAAACCAGCACCGCGUCCACGCUCGCCCUGUGCAACCAACUCGCCGCCUCACUCGACACCAUCUACAAGGACCCCUCCAGCGCCGUAGGCCCCUCCACCGACCUCAACAUCGUCCCGCUCGACCUCGCCCGCGACGCCGCCACCCUCGUCCGCGCCCACGCCACCAAGCUCUCCCUUCUCCUCCUCAACGAGCCCUUUACGCCCUCGGCCGUCGCCGACGUGCUGCAGCAGCUGCUCGCCGGCGGGCCCCUGCUGGGCCUCGCCUCGGCCGCCGAAGCCUGCGACGCGGCGCGGUAUACGGCGUUUUUCCGCAAAGAGCUCGCGUGGCGCGCGCGGCGCGUGCUGCUCUCUCUGGUCGAACUUGUCGGCAAGAUUCCGCAACACGGUGUUGCCGGAGGCGCGGGGGACAAGAGCAGCUUGCCGGCGACGGGGAUACUGUGGGCGGCAUGUGACGAUGUCGUGGCGCUUGUCGGUGGCGGAAUUGGUGGUUAUUUUGUCAAGAGUCUGGAGGAGUGGCAAGAUACCCUGAAAGAUGUGUCGGAGGAGCUCAGGGACUGGGGCGACGAAGAACCCGACGGCGACGACGACGACAACGACAACGACGACAACGAUGAUGAUGAUGACGACAAUGACGACAAAGCCCACGAACCCAACACCGAUAUACAAGACACCGCCUCCUCCACCCAAGCCAUGCUCGACGAUUUCAUGAGCGCCGGCCAAGCCAUUCCCCUUGACGAUCCCCACAGCAUCCGCCCGCGUCUCGAGUCCACCCUCCGCCGCGUCCGCCUCGUCGUGCUGCUCUACCAAGCCAUCAGCAAGCGUCGUCUGCGCAAACUCCCUCCCUUACCGCCCUCCUCCACCAGCAACCUGCCGCAGCGACUCGAUGAGGCCGCGCAGGUGCUCGGAGCGCUCCCCGACGCCUUUGGCGACCUCGCCUCGGCCUUUUACGACAUGGAGCCCACGCCGAUUGACCGCGUCGCCGAGGACUGCUUCGUCAAGGCGUGUGCCGCGGGGGAACUGCUCCGGGUCGCGUGGGAUGGUGGCGAGGACGAGUUUUCAGAGUGGACGGAAAAGUUCAAGGCGGAAAUCAAAAAGAGUUAG